ACCGGAGUAAGGGCCUUUUGUGUGACGUGCUGGCAACUGAUCACAUCUGGAACUCUUUUGAAAAUUUUUUUAACAAUAGCACUUCCAUCAGUUUUAUAAAUCCCUUUCUACAUUAUUACAACAGUUUUCCGGUGUUUUUUUUUUUUUUUAAUUUGUGACAAGGGACUUAUUAAAUUUAUAUUGUAUAGGUUUGUGAUAUAGCUGUCGUGAGAAAUAGUAGAUGGUUAGGGUCGCUCGAAAUGUUGAGGCGGAACUGAAUCAUUACACCUGUCAGACUUAACCUCAGACAACCCUAAAACCCUAUGUCUGCCACUACAUCAGUGAUAAUACUUGCAUUGAAUGAACUCGAUUCAACAAGGAAGCGUAACGUAAUUUUUACACGGAUAACUUGUUUUUGUUUUUAGAAUAGGAGAAAGAAAACAGGUUUUUUCUUGCUGGGUUAUUUGGUUCUUUUUUUUUUGUAAAAUAAUAAAAAAAAGACACCAGUAUUGCUAGUGGACAUGAUGCCGAGCAUAUGGUGCUGGCCUGCUGGGCACAGCAAAACUGCGUUUGGUCAAAAUAUGUAUAUCCAGAUGCAUAUAAGGGAGACGCAUCUUAACCGUAACUGUUCAUUUUCCCCCUGUGUCGGAUACCCAUCGCACGUUCAUUGUUGGCUGCUCCUGAAUAUCAACUAUGAAAUUGAUUUCUUUUCUGUGUCUUUUGCACGCGUGCUUUGUAACAGAACGUUUACCAAUGGUAACAAUUCCUAAACUUGGCCAAGUGCGUGGAUCGAAAAUGGUUUCAGUGGCCGGGAAAAUGUUUUACGCUUUUCGCGGAAUUCCGUACGCGCAGCCGCCAGUUGGAGAUCUUCGAUUCCGCGAUCCCGUAGCUGCUGAUCCAUGGAUUGGCAAAAUUUUUGACGCAAGUCGAGAAGGUCCCACCUGUAUGCAAUAUCACGGGAAUCUUCGGCUUAUUCUUGGAGUAGAAGAUUGUCUCACGCUGAAUGUCUACACGCGUAACUUGGAUUUUACAAAUAGUGGGAAGCCGGUCUUGGUAUGGAUCCCUGGUGGCGCUUGGUAUAAAGGGAGCGGGAAUGGCGUGGCUAAUGCCUGGGGACCUGGUUAUUUUAUGGAUCGAGAUGUUGUUUUUGUAACGAUGAACUAUCGACUUGGCCCCCUAGGUUUUCUCAGCACAGAAGAUAGUGAAGCUCCAGGAAACUAUGGACUUUUGGAUCAAACGAUGGCCUUGAGAUGGAUUCGGGACAACAUUCGCUCAUUUGGUGGCGACCCGCAUUCAGUUACAAUAUUCGGUUGCAGCGCUGGGGCUGCCAGUGUUCAUUAUCAUAUUUUAUCACCUCAUUCUAAAGGGCUAUUUCAUCGAGCUAUCUUGCAGUCAGGUUCAUCGCUCAACUCUUGGGCGAUAGGAAAAUCUGUAGGGUCGUAUACGCAGCAACUGGGCCAAUACUUUAAUUGUCCACGAUCAAACUCCAGCGUAUUGUUGACGUGUUUGCGAAAAGCACCAGCUAGAAAGAUGGCUGGGUUCCGAAGGCAAAUUCAGAUUAUGUUAGAAUAUCCGAUCGCAUUUGGACCACGUAUUGAUAUGGAGAGAAAAUCGCCUUUCCUUCCUGGACAUCCAAGAGAACUUAUGGAAUCUAAGCAAUUCAAUUCAGUACCUAUAAUUUCAGGACUCAAUAAAAAUGAAGGUGCUUUGGUUAUACUCAUGCUGCUUUCCAAUAAUGGCGAAUUAUUGCGAAAAUUUAACAAAGAUCCUGUAAAAUAUCUUCGUCUCGUAGUGAAUUCGGACGAUAUAGACGAUGACAUUGUUAAACAGAUAUCAGAUCGCUAUUUUGCUUUAGAUAAGCCGUUUCAUCCGAACCAGAUUUCCAAAUUAGCAGAGAUAUUUUCUGACUAUGCAUUCUUUCAAGAUUUAGACGAAUCAGUUGAGUUAUUUAGUAAAUAUAAUGACGAGGCGACCUAUUACUAUAUGUACAAUCAUACCAGUCAGUUUACUUUGCAGAGAUUUUUGGGUGUAUCUUCUAGUCUCGAUUUAAGCGGUAGUCAUGUAGAUGAAGUCUUCCUUAUGUUUUCUCACCUAAUUCUUCCUCGCUUGCGUUCAUCGAAAGAUAUUAAAGUAUCAAAUAUGCUGCUCGACCUAUGGACUACGUUUGCAAAAGACGGCAUACCCCGAAGCAGCCUUUUACCUCAAGACUGGAUCCCUACCAAGGAAGAACAGCCACGAUAUCUCAGAAUAGAAGCCGAACAUCCUGCUUUGGCAAUCUGGCAUAUAAUUUCACUUUGCCGAAUGUGAUGACGUGGGUCAGAACUGCUGUCCAUUUUGUCGAAAUGUCGACCAUUGUUAGCUGUACGUCUCAUCUCACUUCAGAGCUAGUUUUAUUAGUUGAUUUUCAGGUCGGAUAUGGAGAUCCCUUUGCUACACUGUUGCAGAAAUUUAGAACACAGUAUUUCAUUUAGGACAAAGUCUGAGCUUCAUGGCUGUAGGAGUAUCAUUAAUGUGGCUUUGUUGCAGCCAGCUGAUUCAUGUUGAUCUGCAGCUGCUGCAUGCAGUUUAUCGAGCUGGUGUUAUCCCAAGUGUAACUGCAGGAAAACUUCUUGAAUUGGAGUUAAUGGUCAGUUGCAGCUGUUUAUGUUGCUGUUUGGUGUACAUUGGUCUUGCAGUCCGUUUCCAGUUGAGAGAUGCUCUGAAAUGGAGCUUGUGCAGACUUGCAGUUCAACAUCGCACUUAAAUGUGUCAUUUGUCGUGUCCAUGCAGUAUUAUGCAUUAUGCAGUAUGCGAAGAUUAAUCAUUGCAUUAUGGUUAUAGGUUUCGCGUUUAUGUUCGUGUAGUUCCUGUCCGAUGGGGCACGUUGUUGCAGCCUAUGCUGGUGAAAGAUCUUUCUACAUCAAGUUCAAUUAGCCGUUCCUUGUUGCUGGUGUCAUGUUACCGAAAUUGCAUCAUUUUUUUUGUUAAAUUUUCAUUGUGACUAUGCAGUUUACCGUUUAUAAGUUAAGAAGCAACAAAAACAAAUAUGGGAUGUUUAUGUCAAAUAAUAAACAUGUUUUCGGGGUUGGGAAAGGAAAGUGUAGGAUGUUGGAGAGGGGGGAGGAUAUUUCAAAUUUGGAUAAAAAACAGUUAAUCUAUAAUCCUACAUACUUAUCCCUACCAGCUACUAAUUAAUCUCCAAACCCCACAAACUGAAACCUUCCAAUUCUUCAAACCCCACAAACAUACAUCUACCAACCCUCAAAUUUGUACCCUAAAACAUAAACCCAUGUUAAACCUUAGCAAUGUAAUGUAUGUAAAAAAAAAAUAAUACAUAAUU